UUCCCCACAACCACACACAUCAUCACGCUCCUCGUGCACCACGAUGACACUGCUUUUCUCCCACUUAAGGAAAUUAGGAAAUAACUGAAGAUGCAAAAUUAAGAGAAGUAGAUUUCGACAAAGGGAAGGCAGUUUGCCUCCUGACUCAGUCGCUAGUCCCUGGAGGGCACGGGCAUUGGGCGCUCACCAGGGAGAUGCUCACCAGGGAGAGAACCCAGGCAGGCAGGACCCUGCGGCUGCUCCUGCCUCUGCUCCUUCACGUUGGCACGUCAGGCUCAAAUCCCAUCACGGGUCCAGAGGAAGUGAGUGGCAUGGAACGGGGCUCCCUGACUGUGCCGUGUCGCUAUGAUCCAGGGUGGAAGACCUACAGGAAGUGGUGGUGUCGAGGAGCUGCUUGGAGUAGCUGCCAGAUCCUUGUUCAAACCACUGGAUCAGAGCGGGAGGAGAGGAAGGGCCGUGUGUCCAUCAUGGACAGUCAGGGAAACUUCACGUUCACCGUGACCAUGGAGGAGCUCAGGCUGGACGAUGCAGACACCUACUGGUGUGGGAUCGAGAGAGCCGGAACCGACCUGGGCCACCAUGUCCGUGUGCUCAUCAGCCCAGAUGUGGCCGAACCUGUGACGACAGAUGUGGCCGAACUGGUGACGACAGACGUGGCCGAACUGGUGACAGCAUCUGCACUGGCCAGUCUGGCUUCCUCGCCUCCGGUUACUCAGGGUGUCAACAGCAGCAUGGCUGUGACUAAUCCCCUCACCAGGUCCCUGCUCUGUAACAUCCACUUCCUGCUCCUGACCUUCAUAAAGGUGCCCCUUCUUGGGGUCCUGCUGUGCACUGUGGUGUGGUUGAACAGGCAUCAGAGGGACUCCAGGGGGAAAUUAAGUCAGUCUGAGUGGGACCGCAGCCCCCGUGCCAUCAACACCCGCACAUCAGACUUGGAGAACUUUCGGAACUUUUAUCAGGCACCGAGCAGUAAUCGCAGUUCCAAAGAGACGAGGGUCCCUCCGCGGUGAGGACUCCCUUCGUCCUGUCCUCGGGGACACUGUGGGCUCCCUCCCUGCUCUGCGCAGCUCUGGAAACUGGCCCCCACCGCAGGAUCAGAGAAAGGAACAGACGUGGUGUUUCCCGUACACACUGGGUCCUCGGAGGCACCUGUGAUCUUACCUGUGUGGACCCUCCUGCUGCCUCCUCUCCUGUGACUCUGGAGUAGCUCUGCCAGAAAUGACUAUCACACUGUCUAGAACUCCAGCCAGUAACGGGCUUCAAAAUUCCAGGCCAACCAGUAAGUGUAAAACCUGAAUUAAACCAAAAAGCCUCAGAGUGUGUUUACAAGGGCAAAGACUCCUUCUCCCAGUAGGCCAGGUGUACAGAAGACUGCCGAUGCCACCUUCCGUUGUAUCGGUCCCUCCUGGAGAAAGAAUCACCUGAAUGUAGACAAUUAAAGAUGGGGUUGGA